AUGACCGUAGAAGAGGUUCAGAAAAAAUACAAUGUCAGCUUUACGCCAGAGAAACCGGCUAGUUCGCAGGGCUUGUCUGCUGCCGAAGCCGCAAAGCGCCUCGAAGAGUACGGCCCCAACCAACUGAGUCCGCCCAAAAAACGUCAUCCGUUCCUAAAGUUUCUGGAUCAUUUGCUCGGGCUGUUCAAUUUGAUGCUGUUGGUCGCUGGUGUCGCAUCCUACAUUUUGCUAGCCAUUGACUUUGAAGGCAACAAACCAAAUUUGUGGCUGGGUGCCAUCUUGCUUGCCGUGGCCUUUUUGAACGCCUUUAUUGAAUUCUUUCAAGGUCAAAAGAGUGCUGCCAUAUUAGAGUCGUUCCUGAACUUGAUUCCUGCAAAGUGUUAUGUCGUUCGUGACGGCAAAGUCGCUCAAAUCUCUGCCCUCGAACUCGUUCUGGGAGAUAUCGUGUACGCUCGAAGUGGAGACAAGCUGCCCGCCGAUCUCUACAUUUUUUCAGCAAAUGAGCUAAAGGUGGACAACUCGUCCUUGACCGGAGAAGCUGAUCCCCAAGAGCGAGGCCCACGAAACAGGUACCAGAAUCCCUUGGAGGCGACCAAUUUGGUUUUCAACGGUACACUGGUUGUGAAUGGUGAAGGAUAUGGUGUUGUUGUCCGAACUGGCGACAAUACCGUCAUUGGGCAAAUUGCCUCCUUGACCGCAAACGAAGAACGUGGAAAAUCUCCCCUGACCACUGAAAUUGACUUGUUUGUCAAACUCAUUGCUUCCGUUGCUGCUGUUGUGGCCAUCAUCUUUUUUAUCCUCGGUUUGACUGCCAAAGGAUUGAAUAUCUCUCAAGCGCUCAACUUUGCGAUUGGCACGUUUGUCAGUUUUGUUCCUGAAGGUUUACCUGCGACUGUAACGAUUCUCCUGACAUUUGCCGCAAAACGUAUGGCCUUGAGAAAUGUUCUCGAGGGACCCGUUUCCGAGCGUCCUAUCUUGGGUGAUGCCACCGAGUCGGGACUGCUUCGGAAUGCUGCUGCAAAGAUUAAAGAUUUUGACGGGAUUUACGACCGAUAUCCAAAAGUGCUUGAAAUCCCCUUCAACUCAGACAACAAGUGGGCCUUGACGGUGCACCGUAAACCUCACGACAAGGGCGACUUGAUGCUCUACUUGAAGGGUGCCCCCGAACGUGUCCUCCGCCUCUGCUCCACCUUCUUGCAAGGCAAUGAAACUGUUCCGCUGACCGAGGAGCACAAGAAGCAAUUUGAAGCUACCUAUACCCUCAUGGCUUCCAAGGGUCACCGUGUGCUGGCAUUCGCGGCCUUGGCCCUCCCCCGCGAGCAAUACCCCGCCGACUUUGUGUUCAACAAGGACCCUCCCAACUAUCCUACCACUGGACUCACCUUUUACGGUCUCGUUUCUUUGGAAGAUCCACCCAAGCACGGUGUACGUGAAGCCAUUGGUCACUGCCGAGAAGCCGGCAUCAAGGUCAUGAUGGUGACGGGUGACCACCCGUUGACAGCCGAAGCCAUUGGUCGCAAAAUCAACCUGAUGCUCCAAGACACCAAGGAAAAGCUCGCCCAAAAGCGCAAUGUACCUGUCGAAAGCAUCCCCGAAAGCGAUGUGAACGCCAUUGUUAUCCACGGGGAGCAAAUCGACCACCUGACCGAAUCCGACUGGGAAAACAUUUUCGACAAGGAGGAAAUCAUUUUCGCGCGUACGAGUCCCAAACAUAAGCUGCAGAUUGUCAAGAGGGCCCAAUCCCGUGGCCACAUUGUGGGUGUGACGGGAGACGGUGUCAAUGAUUCUCCCGCUUUGAAAAAGGCCGACCUGGGAAUCGCCAUGAACGUGUCUGGAUCAGAUGUGUCCAAGGAAGCCGCUGCCAUGAUUUUGAUUGACGACAAUUUUGCAUCGACUGUAUCCGGUAUCGAAGAAGGCCGACUCAUUUUCCAAAACUUGAAAAAAUCGGUUCGGUACACGGUCACCCACACGAUGCCUCAAGUCUGGGCCAACCUCUUGUACAUUAUUGUGCCCCUCCCGCUUCCUCUCGGCGCCAUGCUCAUCCUUGUCACCGAUCUCGGGUUUGAACUCUUUAAUGCCCUCAGUUACGCGUGGGACCCCCCGGAAAGCAAAACGGGACUCAUGAAACUGGCUCCUCGUAAACCCGUCACUGCAGCCUCUAUUGAACGGUUACGCCGGCGGGAACGCGAAGCCGCCGCCGAUCGACCUCCCCAUGAUCCCGAAUCCGGUACACCCCCACCUCGGACCUUGUCUGCCAAAAUCUCAAACGGCUGGCGCACUGUCAAAUCCGUUUUUACCAGACGCUUUUGGCGAGACCAUUUCGAGGAAACUGAAGAAGAAGUCCUAGUCGACCGUGAAAUUCUCUGCUGGUCCUACCUCGAAGCCGGCACGAUCGAAACCAUUGGUUGCCUCGCCACUUACUUUACGGCCAUGUGGUACUACAAGCGUCUCACACCCUACGAAGCGCAACGCUACGCGGGCCAAUGGGGCACCGACGGCCCGAUUACACUGAUGAACGGCAACAUACUCUCCGUUGACGAGCAAAAAGAAGUCAACAAUGUCGGACAAUCCGGAUACUACAUGGCGAUAUUUUUCCAACAAUGCUUUAAUCUCUUUAUUUGUAAAGCCCGCCUUGGACUCCCAAUCGGUUCAUUCAUGUUUUCGAACCGGUACAAUUUCGUUGGUAUUUUAUUUGGGAUGGCUUUGGUUUGUUUUGUGGUUUACGUUCCGCCGCUUAAUGUUGCGUUUUCGACGAGUUGGCAUUUGAGUCCUAUCAUGUGGCUGAUUCCGAUUGGGAAUGGGUGUUUGUUGUUUGGGUAUGCUAUUGUGCGGACGAUUAUUAUUCGGAUGCGGAAUCCCAUAAAGUACACUCGAGAUGUGGUGGGUUUACAAAUGUAUCCUACCCGCUGGUCGACGCGUGGAUAAAGAAAUAUGCAUUACAAGAGAGAGAGAGAGAGAAACGAUUACUUUUUGUAAUGUGUUUUUACAUGUGGGGACAUGGAUCUGGACUGCUCAUAAUAGACUUUUUUUUUUUUGUUUGUUUUUCACACACACACAAACACACACACAUAUAUGUUUAGAUAUUUUUGUCUCAAAGAAAUGCACAUGUCCAUUCUUAUAAAUAUUGGUCAAGAAGCACAAA